CGCCCUUUCCCCCCCGCCCCGCGCUCGCUCUCGGCCGUUUCUGUCCCUCCGCCGCCGCCGUAGCGGGCGGGCGGGCGCGGGGCGCAAGAUGGCGGGGCCACGCGCAGCCGGCCGCUGCCCGCCAGUGCCCGGGCAGUUUGACGAUGCCGACGGCUCCGACGGGGAACUUGCGCAGGACGCAGAGGCAGCCGCGGAGGGUGGGGGCGCUGAGGAUCCCCAGUCACGUCUGCGCGAAGGAGGCGAUAACGGUGAUAACGAUGAUGAUGAUGAUGGAGAAGAGGAGGGCGAUGAUGACUGGGACUGGGAUGACGAGAUGGGAAGGCUCACGAAGUGCCACGCUGCUGGGUGCAGCCCGCAGGCAAAUAGGCAGAACCCUAGUUACUCUUCAGCAAAAAUGUCAACCCCUACAGACAAGGCCUUGAGGAAAUUUGAACAUAAAAUUAAUUUGGAUAAGCUGAAUUUUGAUGACUCCGUUAUAAACAGAGUCACAGAGAAGUCUAGACAGAAGGAAGCAGAUAUGUACCGAGUCAAAGAUAAGUCAGACAGAGCAACAGUAGAACAAGUGUUGGAUCCAAGGACUCGAAUGAUUCUGUUCAAGAUGCUAACAAGAGGUGUCAUAUCAGAAAUCAAUGGCUGCAUCAGCACAGGGAAAGAAGCCAACGUAUAUCAUGCCAGUACUUCGAAUGGAGAGAAUAGAGCAAUAAAGAUUUACAAAACAUCUAUUCUGAUGUUCAAGGAUCGGGAUAAGUAUGUGAGUGGGGAAUUCAGAUUUCGUCAUGGAUAUUGCAAAGGCAACCCAAGAAAAAUGGUGAAGACAUGGGCUGAAAAAGAAAUGAGGAAUUUAAUAAGGUUGAAUACAGCCCGGAUACCUUGCCCAGAGCCAAUUAUGCUAAGAAGUCAUGUGCUUGUCAUGGGCUUUAUUGGUAAAGGUGAUAGGCCUGCUCCUCUGCUGAAGAAUGCUCAAUUAUCUGACUCGAAAGUCCGGGAGCUGUACCUGCAAAUCAUCCAGUACAUGAGAAGAAUGUACCAAGAUGCCAGACUUGUUCAUGCAGAUCUCAGUGAAUUUAAUAUGCUGUACCACAGCGGGGACGUGCACAUCAUUGACGUGUCUCAGGCAGUGGAGCAUGACCAUCCACAUGCACUGGAGUUUCUGCGAAAGGACUGUGCCAAUGUUAAUGGCUUUUUCCAGAAGCACAAUGUUGCAGUGAUGACUGUGAGGGAGCUGUUUGAGUUUAUUACCGAUCCUUCUAUCACAAGUGAGAACCUUGAUGACUAUCUGGCAAAGGCAAUGGAAAUAGCAUCAAAAAGAACAGAGGAGGAAAGAUCCAGUCAAGAUAAAGUGGAUGAGGAAGUGUUUAAGAAGGCUUACAUACCUCGCACAUUGACUGAUGUUAAAAACUAUGAGAGAGAUGUGGAUAUAAUGAUGAAACUGAAAGAAGAGGAUAUGGCAUUGAGUGUUCAGCAAGAUAAUAUUCUCUACCAGACUGUGACAGGGCUGAAGAAGGAUUUGUCUGGUGUUCAGAAGAUUCCUGCACUUCUUGAGAAGGCAGAUGAAUCAGAAACAGGCUCUGAUUAUGAAGACAGCAGUUCAGAGGACUCUGAUUCAGGUUGUAAAGAAUCUCGGCAUCCCAAAGAUCUUCCUGCUGAAGUUACCAUGGAUAAAAAGGAAAGGAAAAAGAUGGUCAAAGAAGCCCAAAGAGAGAAGAGAAAAAACAAAAUUCCAAAGCAUGUGAAGAAGCGGAAAGAAAAGACUGCAAAAAUGAAGAAAGGCAAAUAAAAUCAGCUUUGGCUCGAGGAAUGGGCUGGCUUGUUGUUGGUUAAUUAGUCACCAUCUUUUAUAAUUAAAUCUUUUAUUUAUAUACAUACAGUA